UAAUUGUUGUGAUAAACUUAUUAAAUAGUUUUCAGAAAAAUGCCUCGCUCGAGGUCACGAUCUCCUGCCAGAAAUAGGCACCGUCAUCGUUCGAAGUCGCCUGAUCACCGCAGUGACCGAUCAAACCGAGACCGGCAUGACCGUGGACAAAGGGAUCGAAGUCGUUCUCCUCGAAGGAGAUCGAAGUCACCAAAUGCACCCAACCGGCCAGCAAGAAAAGAAGCGUUCAGAGGACCGGAUUUGCAAAGUGAGUUGGAAAAACGAAACUUAUCUGCUCCAAUUGAAUUGGUUUCUAACCACAAAGUUAGCAAAAAUGUCGUUGCUGUGGACGAGUUGUCUGAAGCAGACAAAGAAAUGAUGAAAACAAUGGGUUUCUGUGCGUUUGAUACGACAAAAAAUGCUCAAACAGAAGAAGCAGAUAACCAGAGUGCCGCUGCAAUUGCGACGAAAAGAAACUAUCGACAGUACAUGAACCGCAAAGGUGGCUUCAAUCGGCCGUUGGAUUUUGUUGCUUGAACUCUCGUCAUUUUCUUAACGACGUUGGAAAACAAGGAAUGGAGACGAUAUGCAGAUGGAAGACGUUGUUUUUCGAAGAAGUUAUAUCUCUUGAAGCUAGUUUAUCAACUGAAAGUUUUUAGUAUCAGUGAUUUGUUAUGUGCAAUUUUAUUUUUCUAAAAAUCGAAUUGUUUAUAAAAACAACAAUGAUAUCCUGUUGCUAUGAAAGUUGCACAGAAUGGUCCGACCACAUUGAUUGAAGGACAAUUUUUUAAAUAA